AUGAGUGGGUGCGAUGAGUGCCGAGAGCCAAGAGUCCCCCAGGGUAGCAAAACCCGAGAGCAUCUUCGACGGCACGAGGAUUAAGAAGGAGAGGAACGACGUCUGCGCCGACGGCCCGAUCGUCGACGACGGAAAUGUCGCCGGCGACGGCGCCGUCAGAUCGAAAAUGGAGCCGCAACGUGCACCGGCGACGCCGAUCUGCAUCACGCCGAGGGUCUCCAACGGCUUCCACAACGAGGACCUUCUCCGGGACGUCCUUGUGGGAAAGUUUGCAACCCUCGCUCAUCACACUCCCGCCGCCAAACACGAGAAGAUCAGACUCAUGAUCGAGGAAAGCAUUGGUGAUGAAUCGAGAUCUCGCGUUCAUGAAAUCUUCUCGCAAGUAGAGAAACUUAAAAUAGAGGAAAAACUAAUGCUGUACCUGAAGCUCCCGCUGUCUCUCUCGAAUCCUAGUGGCAUGGUAGAUCCGCUGAGACAGCCGCUGAACCCUUUAGGAAAUCGAUAUGAAAUUCAUCAGACGAUAAUGUGGAUACGGACUCAUCUAGAGGAGGAUCCAGAUGUCUCGCUGCCCAAGCAAGAAGUAUAUGAUGAGUACAACAUGUUUUGUGUGAGGAACUCGAUGAAACCCCUAUCCACGGCGGACUUUGGAAAAGUCAUGAAACAAGUGUAUCCAAGGGUACGACCUCGCCGGCUCGGCACGCGUGGAAAUUCUCGAUAUUGUUACGCAGGGAUGCGUAAAAAGAUUAAACUGGAUCAUCCCAAGUUGCCUGUUAUCACCGGCCUACAAGCCGAUGAGAGCGCAGAGGAGAAUAUUACUGAGGAUAUGUUGGGAGCGGCAUCGAAAGUGAUCAGAGAAUGGGCCGAAAGUUUGCUACUGAUUAAAUUCCCCACACUCAGUGCCUUAGGUCGAUAUUUGGUUGAAAAUUUGUGCGUCGACACUGAAUCUUUGGCUGCUAUGUGCAUAGUCUGCGGCACCGAUUCACCCGAGAACGAAAAGAAAGAAACAUCGGAAUCGCCUAUAGCGGGAAAACCAGUGAAACUGAGGGAGGCGCAGCUUCAGCUGCAGAGAAAACUGCAACAGCGGGAGCAGAUUCGAGAUCAGAAGCAGCGACAUCUGGAAAACGAGUCGCCGAGCCAGAACAAAGAGAAGACUGUAAAUAAUAGCAAGGGAUGCAAGGGAAGCAAAAAAAAGACGAACCAAUCGCCGCAGGGGACAAACUGCCAACUGGCAUCAGUGAAAGGUGGCAGCAGUAGUACAACGCCAGUUCCGCGUCAGCGAAAAGCUGUGAGAAGUAGCAGUCAAUCCUGCCUUCCCCUGCAAUCUAACUGUGAUAAUAACCUAUUGGUACAAUCGAUUGAAAGUGCGCAAAGAAGUGGCGAUGCUGCAGGGUCGUCGUCUCUGCCGAAGGAGGCCGUCAAGUCGACCACCAGGAACCCCAGAAAACGCACAAGCGGAGGCGUUGUCGCGUCUCAAUCCCAGGACAAUAGUCCCGAGAAACAGGCGAAGCUUGAAGCCGACGCGAAUCCAGCCGAUCGCUCAUGCACGCCCGUUGAACCGAGUGGUAACAUUUCAGUGAUACUAGCUAGUAAUCAUAAAAACUGUAGCGAGACUGCCGAUAGUCAGUCGCGCGAAAGCUGUGAUAUUGAUUUAACCCGAUGCGCCAAGAGUGGUCAGGCCAAGCUGAACGGCCGCUCGAGCCUUUCCGCGAAGAAUAAUCAUCAUCCACUGCUCAAUGAGCAAAUUCCGCUUCUGGAGAACUCGAAUUUUCUACAGAGAAGCGGCGGCGGUGGCGGCAAUCUCGGGACAAUCGACCCGGAUUCGUUGGACGACUAUCUGAACGGCGGGAACAAUUCUCAGGAGCAGGAGGAGGAGCUGCUUCAGUACUUUCAACAGGGCAGCUGCUCGUCGAGUUCGGAUUUUGAGGCCGGGGGGAAUAAUAAUGUGACUGGAGACGCAGAUCUCUCAUCGCGAUCCGACAAGGUCUCGCAACUCAGGCUUAUUCUCCAGCAGAACUUGAAAGCGAGUAGUGCUAUCACUCAUCCGGCGAAUCCAACCACACCCGUGAGCGUUCCUCCCCUCGAGAAGCAGGAAAUCAUCAGUGAAAAGCUGAUUCUGCCGACGAUAAAUCACACGAGUCAUCAGACGAGCAUAAGGCGCCGAGUGAGUUUCGAGACGAGUGUUGUCGAGCACAUCCAGGAUUCGGCGAGCGUCGCUCACACAGUGGUGCCCCAGAGUCCUAACACGCGACGUCGAAUCUUCAAUUUUACGCCAAUCUCGCCGGGUCCACAUUCGCCAAUCAAUGGCCGCGCCUCCAAGUCCAACUCGGCGAAUGCGAGUCCUUUUGUCUCGCCGCGGAACACACCUGUGCCGCGAUCAAGGAGCAAUUUGCAGAGUGGCGGCUGCCGAUCGAGGGGCGCGAAAAAGACCCUCUCGCGCUCCAUAUCGUGCAGUGUGCCAUACACAACGAGCAAGAACAACGAGACUUUUGUCGUGCCGACGAGUGGUCCCGAGACCUUGCGCCAAGUGAGUAGUGUCUCAAGGUCACCGCUUGUCGUGACGAAAACGGUUCCGAAGCGGGGCGGCGGUGGCGGCCAGAAGUGUCCUGCUGCCUUUCUGCCGGACCUCGAUCCCCAGAAGCAGCUCAUCAUCAACUACCCGAGCCAGGAGAAUCUGCAGGAGGUGAAGAAUGUUUAUCGGAAGACGCAGCAAACCGACCAGGAAAUCUCGGACCUGCUCCACGGCGAGAAGGAGCUCAAGUUUGUGGAUGUUGUGCCCUCGGCGAAGGAGCAAUUCUACUGUCGUUCGCAGUCGGUUCCCCUCCAUCGGAUGGUCAAUCCCACUCUCAUGUCACCAAUAUCCAUUCAGAAUUUUUUAACUCCCUUUCGCAGUUUCAAUCCCUCCACGAGCAGUUCGAUAGCUCCCACGCCUGUGCCGAGCGAGUUCAACGAUUUCGGAUCAAUUGACGCGGCCGACAAUGCGAUUUAUCUCCUCGAGGAUGUGGACGCGGCGAGUUUCAUGUCCGACGAGCAGCCGUUUCUGAUGGCCGACAAGGAGAUGACGUCCGAAAAUAUCAGCAAUUUUCUCAAUAUCCUCGACGAGGGCGGGGAAAUUUUGCCGGGGAAUUCGGUGGUGGGUCAGUCGGUUAUUGAAACGAGUACGAUGAUGCUGGCCGCGUUGCCGGAUGCCGAUUUAAAUUUGACGGACGAUGGCGCCAGUCUCGAUCAUCCGGGAAUUGGUGGACUCGAGGCGGGCAGUAGUCUCGAGAAGAUGAUUCAGUCGCGAUCCUAUCCGAACACUCCGCUGCCGUUACCCUCCUCCUCGUCCUCGUACGCGCUCCCUUACACGGAGGACAGCAAUGGCUCGAGGUCGCAUCCGUCGACGCCCCUGAAUAUUGGUCAGCCGAGAGACACGUACGCGGAGAGCAAUGAGCCGAUGCUGUCGAGUCCGACUCUGGAGACGCUGAAUCUGCGAGGCGAUGUCACGACGACGGCGACGACGACCACGACGACGACCAAUUCUUCGGAGAGUGUGUGUCGCAGUGUUGAGGAUUUUUUGGACUCGACUUUUCUCGAUCAUGUGGACGGGGAUGCUGAUGAUUUGGAUCCGCUCGGGAGUUUUGAGGGACUGCAGGAUGUUGAUUCGCUCGCGCCACUUUUCACGGAAGUUGUGGAGCCGAAUCGCUGAAGAGAUAAAGAGAAGAAAAAAAGCGUCAGCUAUCGUCCAACUCACUGCCGACGUCGGCAAAAACGUAUCAGAAAUUUUUUUCUUUAAACUCACGGACUUGAGAAAAGGAAACUUGUGGAGAAAGUUAAAGAUGUGUUUUCAUGACAGUAACUUUUAAGGCCCCAGUAAAUCGUCGGUAAUUCGGAUUUUAUAUAUUAAAGCCAAACGGAGAAGCCAUUUUUUCAUAUAUAUAUAUUCUAAAAAGUAGAAAAACUUCCGGCAAAGACUGUUUUUUUUUUCGGAGAAAUUAUCCCUUUUUAGAUAAAAGUACCCCUUUUUAGAGAGCGGAGAUUGGUCCUAGGUCGGCACAGUAAGUAUUUUUGUCGAAAACACGAGGUUAGUACAAUUCCAUGUCCUUGAAAGCAGCGUGGAGUUGUUUUUUUUUUUUUUGCUAUCACUUAAAAAUGGUCCUAAGUCGGCACCCCCAGGUUCUUGCCCCCCCCCCCCAACGCGCGUGGAAGUGCAAUGGGAUCGCGCUUUAGUUUCUUAUGUUUGAAAUUGCGUCCUAUGAAUACGAGAAAAUAGAAUUAGCGAAAAGACAGUGAGGAAAUACUGACAAUAAAGGGACACCUACCAGAUUCAAGCAAUAUGCAGUCAAAACACAACUAAACUUUAAAAAAAAAUAAUAAUAAUAACGCCCAACUAACUAGAAAAACAAAAAAAAAAGAGGUGCCGACUCAGGACACACAAGUGGCGACCUAGGACGCAUAUAAGUGCCGACAUAGGACAACUAAGCCUCAUUUUAUGAAGUCCGAUUUACCGAUGAUUUCCAGGGUGUUUUUUCCUUAACGAAUAUCCACCGUGAUCAAAGGACAGCAGUAAUUUUGUACAAAUUACUUCUUAGGACUUUCAGAGGCCUGAAAGGUCUGUCUCGCGUAGAGGCAGUGCAAUUUUGUUACCAUUGACUGGUUUGAAGAAAGAAAAAAAAACGAACAAAAUGUAAUAGUGGUUUUUCUGCUGUAGCUCAGAUUUCAAAAUUGUUUUUGUUUUUUUGUUAUUGUUCUUCUUCUUGCAUGAAAAAUGGAAACAAUGACUGAAAAACAGUUUCCCAUGAAUAUCGAAAAUAUAUGUAGAUAUAGAUAUGUUCCUGUUUCGUAAUUGAAUUACUCUAGUUCCUGUUUUGUACAGUUUUAUUAAAUGUUCAAGAUUAUUUAAAAAAAAAAAAAAAUUCGAAUUCUUCUUUAAUAAUGUUACUCGGUAAUUUUAAUUGUUAAAAUUUUAAGUACCGCUUUAAACCUUGUAGGAUAUUUUGUAAGUACGUCUCUCGUAUCUACGCUUUAGUCAUUAAAUAAUUGUAAAUAAUAUUACUCGUGCUGAAAAAGUGCGCUAUUAAAUAAAAAAUUUUCUUUAAUUAAAAUAAAUGUCGAACGAUUAAGUUUUCGAUUGAAAAUAUACUCUAAAUUUGUUCUUGACAUUACUGCAGAAAAGCCACUGAUUCGUGACUACAACGAUCUUUCCACUGUUUUCACUGACUUUUUUGAAAUCAGGACAAAUGGAAG